AUGAACGGCACACGGGCACGUAAUCACAUGUGUUUGGACGGAGUUGUCCUCUCCUGCCUUCCACUAAGACUACUACUACAUAUCAUCGCUGGUGAAUCACACGCAUUUCAGGCACUUUCGACGGAGUAUAACAAAAUAAGUUCGGAGAUGGCAUCUCAGCAAACCUUCUAUACUGGUAGUCAACCCAAUCCGCAACAGGGCGGACUUAUUGUCAAAACAGGAGGGACUUUUAUUCAACCGAGCACUGGGACCCAUACUACACCCCAAACGAUCUACUAUACUCAAGGAAGCCAACCACAGGUGAUUCAAUAUCAACCUCAACCCUUAACUCAGGCUCAACCUCAAUAUCAACCUCAACCUCAGAUGCAGUCACAUCCCCAAUAUCAGCAACAGCAAAUCUACCAAUCUCCACAGUUUCAACCACAACCAAGUGGUGAGCAAUCAACAGUUUACUACUCCCCUCAGUCACAGCCUCAAACAACACAGAACUAUUAUCAAGCACAGCCUGCUCAACCUGCUCAAAAUAGUCAACAAGUGUACACUGUCGGAGCUUCUUCAUACCAGCAAAUGCAAUCUCAGCCACAGUAUCGAAAUAUGGCACAAAGUCAGCCUCAGCAGCAGCCUCCACAAUCGCAACAACUCUUCUACACACCACCACAACAGUCACCAUCACGUGUUAUCUACGCCAAAUCAACCCAAGGUCAAUCUGGGGUAACCCCACAAUACCAACCUAUUCAGCAAGCUUCAUCACAAACACGUGUGGAACAAUACUCACCUCAAGCUUCUUAUCAACCUCAACAAGAACAAAUUAUACAAUCUCAAGUUGCAGCAAGACCAGUGGCUUCCCAGCCUCGUCCGGGGCAGCAAGUAAGCUACCAACCUCAGCAAACCGUGUAUUCGGCACCCUCGCAACCUCAGGUAAUUAGGGUGAGCCAGAACCCAGUUCAGCAACAGCAACAGCCCUAUGUGCAAAAUGCGGCUCCUAUCGACCGAGGAGCAUACCAGACGCCAACUGGAGCCAAUCAGCAGGCAGGUGUUUAUCAACCAAUGGGAAAGGCCGUGCCCGUCACCAUGGCUACACCCCCGCAGCAGUAUCAGCCACCCCAGCAGCAGAGCCUUUCUCAGUCGGUGCCAACACAACAACACCAACAACAGAGGCCUGUUCCUCAAGCGCAACCAAGACCUCAGCCCCCUCCAAAUAGUCCUACUGGAACUACACCGAAACUCCGUCAACUUGUAAGCGUUUACAUUACUACUGAUAUUUGCAUCUUCGUGUCUAUGUAA